AUGCCGUUAACAAGGGAACAAACUGAUGAGUUAAAAACCAUAGUGAACGUGACGAUAAAACAAUUGUGGAUGGAUCAAGACUUCUUAAAAACUAUCGCUGAUAAAGUUUCAGCAGAAAUCACAAAAAACUUCAAUGAUAAGCUGAAACAAUAUGAUAAGCAUCUAAGCGAACUAACCAGGGAGAUCAACGUGCAGAAAAAUGAAAAUAAAAAGAAGUCGGACGAAAUGGGUGCGAAACUUGAACAUCUACAGGGUGAAAACCUAAACCUUCUAAAGAAAAUUGAUUUUAUUGAACAAGAAUCAAAAAAGUGUAAUUUACGAAUAUAUAGCCUUGCAGAAGGUGAUAAUGAGAAUACCAAGGAAGUCAUAAUGGCCUUCUUGAACACAAAGAUGAAUACAAAUAUCAUGCCAACCGAUAUCGAAACAUGUCACAGAAUUGGAAAAAGGACAAAUGGAAAAACAAGGGGCGUAUUUCUGAAAUUGAAAGAUUGGCACGCUAAAAACACAAUAUUUCGUAAUAAGAAGUUGCUCAAGGGUACUAAUGUUGUGAUUAAAGAAGAUCUAACGCUGAUAAGACUCAAACUUAUGGAUGAAGCAAUUGGAAAACUGGAUUUGAAAAGUGUAUGGACCGAUAACGGCAAAAUAAUCAUUAAAAGGAACAACCAAAUUAAAACUAUAAAUUCCUCGCUUGAUCUUGAAUAA